GUGGCCCGGGCUGUUCUUCUCGGUGAACGCGAGCGUGCGCGCGCUCCGCGCUGGAGUUGAGCAAAAGAGCGAGCGGCUGGGCUGCUGCCGUUGCUGCUGCGGGCACGGAGGCCCCCCGAGCGCGCGCGGUCGCCGACGGGGGUCGGUCGAGUGGCAGACUCUUCUCCGCUCGGCAGGGCCUGCACAGCUCGACUGGGGAAACAGAGCCGAGCGGGGCGGGGCAGGGGGGCUCUCUUCGUGCAGGUGCGCAUGCUCCAUGGUGGUCCGAGGGGCGGCCGGAUUCUGUGACAGACGUUGACGAGAUUGUCAACGAGAGAGCGCGAGGGUGCCGCCGCCGCCGCCACGCCCCCUUUCUUCACCCUCCCUGGGCUGUCGGCGAGGGCGGGGCAUGGACUGGAUCAUGGAUUUUCCAGGACACUUUGAACAAAUUUUCCAGCAGUUGAACUAUCAGCGGCUUCAUGGCCAGCUUUGUGACUGUGUCAUUGUGGUGGGGAACAGGCACUUCAAGGCACACCGUUCUGUCUUGGCAGCAUGCAGCACUCACUUUCGAGCUCUUUUCACUGUAGCAGAAGGCGAUCAGACCAUGAACAUGAUCCAGUUGGACAGUGAGGUCGUAACAGCUGAAGCUUUUGCUGCUCUCAUUGAUAUGAUGUACACUUCCACACUCAUGCUUGGAGAAAGCAAUGUCAUGGAUGUAUUGCUAGCCGCUUCUCACCUUCAUUUGAACUCUGUGGUUAAAGCCUGCAAACACUACCUUACAACAAGAACACUGCCAAUGUCUCCACCAAGUGAUAGAGUGCAAGAGCAGAAUGCACGCAUGCAGCGGUCCUUCAUGCUUCAGCAACUUGGAUUAAGUAUAGUGAGCUCUGCAUUAAAUUCCACCCAAAGCACUGAGGAACAGACAAAUUCUAUGAGCUCAUCCAUCAGAAGCAACAUAGAGCAACGGAGUGCUUUUCCAAUAAGACGUCUCCAUAAACGUAAACAGUCUUCCGAAGAAAGAGCUAGACAGCGUAUUAGACCUACCCUAGAUGAUUCCAUAAUGUCAGAUGUUACUCCAGAGAGUGCACAGACUGUGGUUCAUUCACGAGAUGAAUUUUUUUCUCCAGACUCCUUGAAAAUUGUGGACAAUGCUAAGCCUGAUGGUGUAACUGACAACCAAGAAGAUAAUACUAUUAUGUUUGAUCAGUCUUUUAGUACCCAAGAAGAUGCCCAAGUGCCCAGCCAGUCUGACAACAGUGGGGGAAAUAUUUCCCAAAUGUCUAUGGCGUCGCAGGCUACUCAAGUUGAAACUAGCUUUGAUCAGGAAACGGCUUCCCAAAAAAACAACUUUCAGUGUGAGAAUCCUGAAGUUGGACUAAGUGAAAAAGAACACAUGCGGGUGGUUGUGAAAUCUGAGCCUUUGAGUUCCCCAGAGCCCCAAGAUGAAGUGAGUGAUGUGACUUCCCAAGCAGAAGGGAGUGAGUCUGUUGAAGUAGAAGGGGGAGGAGUAAAUGCUGAGAAGAUUGAACUGAGCCCUGAAAGCAGCGACCGUAGUUUCUCUGAUCCACAGUCUAGUACCGAUAGGGUAGGAGACAUUCAUAUCAUGGAAGUAGCAAAUAACCUGGAACAUAAGUCCACCUUCAGUAUUUCUAAUUUUCUGAAUAAGAGCAGAGCCAGUAGUUUUGGUGCUGGCCAGAAUAAUGAGGACAACAUUCCAAAUACAACCAGUGACUGCAGAAUGGAUGGUGAUGCCUCUUAUUUAAUUAGCCCCGAAGCUGGACCUACUAAUGGUCAUUCCUCUGCUACUGUCUCUCAUGUAGAGAAUCCAUUCAAUGAGAGCACAGACUCGCAUUUCGUCAGGCCUAUGCAGGAUGUAAUGGGUCUUCCUUGUGUACAGACUUCUGGCUACCGGGGAGCAGAGCAGUUUGGGAUGGACUUCCCUAGAUCAGGCUUAGGACUGCAUUCAUUGUCAAGGGCAGUCAUGAGUUCAAGAGGUGGUGCCCACAGCUUUCCUGGGUAUCGUCGCAUAGCUCCCAAAAUGCCUGUUGUGACCUCUGUUCGGAGCUCUCAGAUUCCAGACAAUGCUCCUAAUUCUCAGCUGCUAAUGAAUGGGGCUACUUCCUCUUUUGAAAAUGGGCAUUCUUCCCAGCCUGGCCCACCACAGCUAACCAGAGCUUCUGCUGAUGUCCUUUCAAAAUGUAAGAAGGCCUUAUCUGAACAUAAUGUCCUGGUAGUAGAAGGUGCUCGCAAGUACGCCUGCAAAAUUUGCUGCAAGACUUUCCUGACCUUAACAGACUGCAAGAAGCACAUCCGUGUGCAUACAGGGGAGAAGCCGUAUGCCUGUUUAAAGUGUGGCAAGAGGUUUAGUCAGUCAAGCCAUUUGUAUAAACAUUCCAAAACCACUUGCCUACGCUGGCAGAGCAGCAAUCUACCCAGCACUUUGCUUUAACUCUUUCCCUCAGUCCCAUGAUGCCAAUAGAUUUUAAUAAUGCAUGGAACCCAAGAGGUGAACACUUAGUGUGAUUGUGCCACACACAUUAAAAAAAGGCUUUGUUCUUUUUAAUACCUGUACCAUACCUACCUCACAAGGGGUGUUGUGAGGCUUAAACAACUUUUUGAAAGCGCUUUGAAAUUCUCCACUCUGUCACAGAAGCAGUACUAAGGCUGCAAUCCAAGGCAUGCUUUGGAGUAAGCCCCACUGACUCUUGGGAUUUACUUUCAAGAAAACAUGCUUUAGAUUGUGCUACACAGAUUAUGUGUGCAUAUAUAAUCCUUGGUAUUGCUAGUUUUUUUGUGAGUAGAAGGGCUGCAGAAAACUAAUUAUGUCCUUAACACAUAAUUAACUAGCACAUUUCAAGAAUGAGAAGCUAAAGUGCAAACUUUUUAGUGAUUUUUUAAGAAAAAUGUGAAAGCAUUUAUUUGUAAAAUUAAGUUACUACAUGGAGUGUGUGAACAACAUAACUAAGAGCUCUUUAUUGUGAAAGAUUACAUAUCCUGAAUAUGAAACCACCUUUGCACCUCAAAGUGCUUUUGAAGUGUGUUAUAGAUUAACAUAGUUUUAGGGGUUCUGAAUGUAUUUUUGGGUGUUUUGCAGUAACAUACACUGUGUAAUGAAGGUGCUUACCUUGAGUCCAAUGCAAGUAACUUUUAGAUUGUCUGAUAUGUGUAUGUGUGUAUAUAUAUAUACUUUUUGAAUACAGCAAAGUCUUCUAGGUGUUUCAUAGUUUUCUUUUUGUAAAACCUUGUACUGAAAAGUGAAGUAUGUGUGCGUGUUAUGCUUGGUAGUGUUUCUAAUCAAUUUGUAUUUGAUGUGUUAAAACUCAAUUUUACGUCUUAAA